AUUCUGUUUUUUCUUCACUUUUAUUUCCUUGUGUGUGUUUAUUCGUAUUCUUGCAUGUGCAUCAUUUUCCAUCAACAGGUCUUUUCUUUACUUCAGCUCAAUCUAACGUUCAAAACACUACCCUUAUCCGGUGCAUCAUUGCACCAAAAAUUGACGUGACAUGGACCCUAACAGUGCAGGCGCGCCUUUUCCUAGGGAUGGCGCUCCUUUACAGCCAGCUAACAAUCAGAACCAGAACCAGAACCAGAGCCAAAUGCGACCCCCACCUUCGCCUGGAAAUAGCAGCAUGAAUUUACAUGCACGACCACCAUAUUUAAACCAGAGGCCACAGCAACAGCAACAAUCUCUGAAUCACCAAUUUCAGCCUCCUACACAUGGUGGGUCUCCCGGUGGACGUUCGCCCAUCCUGUCUCCAUUUCAAAAGCAGGAUUCAAAUGCAUCGGUCCAGCAACAGCAACAACCCUUAAUUAGACCCAUUCAUCAAUCAGGCCAACAAAACUUGCAUCAAGCUCCACCCAAUCCUGUGCGACCACCCGGUAACUUUUCGGGGCAACGACAACAGCAACAGCAACAGCAUCUGCGGCCUCACCUCCCUCCUGCUGGUCAACAACCUACUCCGUUAGUGAAUCCAGGAAGACCUAUGCCAAGUCCAGGCCAAAGCCAGGCUGUUGCUGGAAGUCGUAAUCCAAUAGGUCCAGUUGCAGGAUCUCCACAGCCCCAACCUUUGCAGGUAGCACGGUCUCCAGUGCAACAUAAUCAACAGCAUCAAACAUCGCCCCAAAUCCAUCAGACACUUCCGAACGGAUCAAACAUUCGUCCAUCAGGAUCACAUUCAAAUUUGAUAAGUGGAGGGUCUGGUACCCAAGGCAGUCGCUUCACGCCACCUUCACCUAGUAUGGCCAUCGGAUCACCACAGAUCAGACCCCUUCAAAACUCUUCACAGAGCCAUGGAAGCCAAGGAAGCCUUGUGGGGAUACAGCAGUCUCAACAACAGCAACUAGCAAUGCGGCCAUUGUCUACACAGGCACAUCAUAGUCAUCAGUCCGGUGCACGCCCCUUACUCCCUGGUCAUGGGUCUCCUACUCAGGGCAACCAACCACCAGCGAUGCGGCCUUCUAUGAUACAGCAACAACAACCAUCAUUUCGGCCACGUCCCCCUCAGGUAACUCCACAUGUAAAUGCUUCAUCUCACCAGCCAGCUUCUGAGAAAUCGCUGCAUUUGGAUAUGUCAUCACUCAACGACAGUCAAUCUGGCGAUUUGGACCCGACAAGUGCUCUUCAGACCCAGCUACAGCAGCCUCAACAACUUCAGCAGCAGUCCCCUGGCACACGACCUAUCCUGGAUCAAAUGCAUCAACAUACUCAACAGGCACAAACUACCAGCCAAGGGCAUAACCAUAUUCCUAUUAAUCCGAACCCAACUCAGCGACCAACUCAGCGACCAACUCAGCGACCACCGUCAGUUCAAAGUCAAGCAUCACGGCAACUGCCUCCGAUGAAUCCUCAAGUAUUCACAGAUCCCAGACCAUUAAAUGAUGGGCUCGGACGGCAUGACAGAUCGCCACCGCAACAGCAACAUACCUUUGUGCCAAACCGUUCUGCCAACCCUCAACAUUUUACCGGAGUGGAAGCUGGUCAAUCGCAACAGAGCUAUGUCCUUCCUGCAUCGAGAUUUAACAUGGCGCCAGAUAGGCCAGGUCAGAGACCAGUAGGAGUAACAGAGAUCAAGGCUUCAGGCCCUACAACGGGUAGCCUUCCCCAGCAGCAUUAUAAUCAGCAAUCACACAAACCUCAACAUACCCUUCAGCAACCCCUUCAGCAACCCCUUCAGCAACCUCCCCAACAGUCUUCUCAGCACCCUUCUCAGCCGGUUGCGUCUACACAAUUAGAAGAGUCCGAUGUGUCACCCCCUAUCGAAAAUAAGGAUGCAUUUAAUGAAGACGACAUCGAAGGAGGCGACAAUCCAGCGCCCAAACCAUCCGCUGCUCAUACAUCUGCUGACCGACCUGGGCCUCCUCCUCCUCCUACGAUUGCAGGUGGGCCUCCUUCAGGGCCUCCCCGUGGCCCACCUAAAAAGGCCGUAGCCACUGCUGGAGUUGGACCCACUCGUAUCCUACCCCCAUCCAAUAACCCUUCAUCCCCUCCAGAUAGUGCCUUUCCACAAUCAGCACAACUGCGGCCUCGUGUACGGCCCCCACCGGGAAACAAACCUUUCACCCCUUAUCGUCCACCGGAGAGACCCUCCCAGGCUCCUCUCAUGUACAGUAGUGAAACAGGCCAGCUUGCGCUCUCACAACCUUUCCCACAGCAAGACGACAAAGCUCAAGCGACUGACAAGUCAUCUCUGGCGGCAUCUAUGGUGCCUCAAGGAGCUGAGGCAGCCUCGAGCAGUGUGCGACUUCGUGAGGGCGGACUGCAGAAGCGUACUGUUGCAGGCGUAAACAGUGUUACCAAAUCUACGCCUGCUUCAGACGCCAAACUGGACACGCCCCCAUCACCAAAGUUGCAUGGCCAGAAGGGUCCCGCUAUUCUGAGCGUAUCUGGUCGAAAGACACAGCCUUUACGUUCAACCCCCAACUUGCUCAAGACGCUCAAGACGUGGGUGAUCCGUGGAGGUCUUUUAUAUCUAGGAUACACUGCGGUUUUUGACUGUGCACCAGGAACAACAGGCGUCAAGGGACUCUACUGCAAGGCGACUAAUGGUCUUGGUGGACUUGCGAAACCCUUUGUUGCACCCCACUAUAAUGCCUACCUUGGCCCUCAUAUUGAUAAAUACGUCAAGCCUGUAGCCCGUCAGACCCAUCGCAUUUACCUUAAAGUGGCCAAUCCUGUCGUUCAAAGAGCCAUCUCUGCAGUGGGAUCAGUAUACAGAUCCGCAGCUAAGAAGCACGUAGAUUCAGCGAAAGGCCAGGUGAUCUCCAUUUUGCCUAAACCUUUUAAACCAAAAGCAGGGGCUUCCACGGAGCCAAAUCAAAUAAACGAGAAACAAAUUGGUUAUCAGAAAGAUGAUAAUAAGGAUGCAGAUAGUGCAUCAGAACAACCAAUAUAUGUUGACAAGCCUGACGAGCCUGUGGAAAUACCCCAGCAACUGGUGGAUCAAGUAGAUAGCCCGAUCGACGCGGUGAAGAAUGAUAUUACAGACAAACUGAAUGAGGCCCAGGAGAAACUUGAAGACGUGAAGAAAGUGCUUAAGGAAACAGCACCGAGGGCUGACAAUGUUCAGUAUCAAAAAGAAGAGGAAGAAUCAAGUGAGACACAUAGUCAUGCAUCAUUAGAAGAAGAACAGCAUCCUAGGCAUGAACAUGGACAUGAGCAUCUACACGAUGGAGGAAUUAGCGAUAAGAACGAAAGCUCCUUGGAUUGGGACAUCACUGCAUCCAAAGAUUCACUGAAGGGUAUCGAAAACAUCGAAGGUGAACAACAGCAAGAGGAUGACAUUAACAAUGACGAAAAUGAGCGACAUGAGCAAGCAAGGAAUCCUUUGGAGGAGGAGGAAGAGGAGGAGGAGGAGGAAGGCUCAAAAGAGGAGGAUAAUAUGAAGGAUAAUACGAAUGAAGCUUCUUCAGAUGUAGAACAUGGUCAUGGAGGCCAGCCAAUCGUUCCAGCGUCAGCAUUGUCUCCUGAACCAGAACCACAGCCUGCUUCGACUAUUUUGGAGGAGCAAGAGCCACAGCAGACAGACAAGGCAUCUGAGGAGCAAACGUUGAUUACACCAGCUGAGGAGCCCCAAAAGACAUCCACUGAAGGUCAUAUUAGCACAGACACCGCAGAGAUGACAUCAGAGUUCUUGGAUGAGGCGACCGCAUCCUUCUCUAAAGAGCCUAUACAAGCAAGUCAUCGCCCGGAAUCAUCUAAUGAUGCCAUUCAUGACAUUCAGUCUUCAACAGAAGCAGCAGAAGCCCCAGUAGAAGACGAACUCUAUAAUCAGACAACGAAUGACCUCGAUUUUGAGAAGUACGCAAUAGACAAUGCCUUACGUUUCAACUCUGAGUCUGAAAAGCCCGUUUCGGUACAGGGGACAACAGUGGUGCAAAAUGAUGUUGAUGGUGAUUCGUUGACUCAACAAGAGCAGGAGGCCGCUCCGAGGUCAGAAACAACGCCAUGAAGAAAGUCUACCAUAUUUGUCUCUACAAUCUAGACAAUAAAUUACAGCCUUUUUUAUUUUUUGCAACA